AUGAAGGUGGGACUGCAAAAAAGGUGUACGUUUGUUCAACCACACGGAAUUUGCACUGUGGGUGAAACAAUAUUCGUGAAGGAUACGGCAGCAGGGAACAUGUAGCUCAUCACUGAGUUGUCGGGUACAACACCAUUCCUGGCGCACCUCGGUCAAUUGUAUGAUAGCUUCGAAAUAACCUGCAGUGGGACUGUUUCCCAGAACAUCACACCACGGCAAAAGGUGGAAAAUGUGAAUAAAAUAAACACCUAUCUCAAAUCAACAGUUUCCAAAGUCAAAGAAGACAACAAUCUGAAAGAAACGGCAACCACAGAUGGUCCUUAG